ACAACACUACGGCCAGACAGUGGCAGUCGUGUGUUUAGAAAGUAGCAGCUCAGCAGCAGAGUCGUUCCGGAGAAGAAGAUGGACUGUUGACAAGGGAAAAGCCUUGUGGCUAACUCGAGAUAUUAAACUAACGUUACUUGAGUAGAUUUUGUCGCUAAAUAUUUGAAGUGUUUUAAGUGGUGGUGUUUUCUGAAGGGUGCUGUCGAAAAUGAUCCUUACUGUGAAACCUCUCCAAGGAAAAGAAUGCAGUGUUCAGGUGAGUGAAGGUAGCUUCCUGCUAACUGUUAGCCAGCCUCGCUAACGCUAGCUUAGCAUCACCCGGUCUGUGAGAUAUUAGCGAAGAGCGACACGGACCUCUUACAUUAGGAGUUAUUUACAAGUUAAAAUGCUUGAAAAUGGUGUUUGUGACUUCAGUUUUGAUGAGUUAGUCUACACUAUAGUUUUUCGCAACGAUUAUCAUUUUGUAAUGCAAAGUCACGUUUGGCUCAUUCAUAAAUCAACCUCAAACAUCCUGUUAGCUGUGACAGAGACACAAGCAGAGUCUCAGCCCUGUCCUGGUAUUUGUCUUACAGCUUUACCACAGACUAGACUUUCUGUAAGAUUCUUAAGUUUCAGGUUUUCUUUUUACAUGAUCAGAGAUUGUGGUGGUUGUUGCACUUUACAUGUAUGAUUGUGGACAUAGUGGAUGGUGACAUUGAACUGGAGUGUAUCAUAUUUAAAGGUGUGCCUUACAUUUGGUCAACUUAAUGCUGAUUAUGUCCUCUUCACCAACUUAGUGUUUUCAACAAAAAAAGUGGCAUCUUGUUCACCUCAUCUACCCUAUGACAGCAGUCCCAGACCAUAAAAAAAGUAGACAGUAACAAUCAUUUUUGUUCCUGAUGCUCUCUUACAUUUUUGCAUGUCAUUGGUGUAGGGCUGGGCGAUAAAACAAUGUAUAUCGAAAAUUAAUUUCCCUCAAUAUCAAUAUAAAAACAUGGUCAGUAUCCUUUCGAUAGUCGGCAUCCUGACAUGUUUUGGUAGACUAUAUGAAUAGCCAAUGAAAAGGGGAGUUUCUCCGCUUCAAGCUGAAACAAUCAUGUGCUGAAUUAGGACCGAGUUGCAAACAACUGCGUAGAAGCAGGCUGCAGCUACACACAAUCAACCAUAGCACUUAAACACGUGAAACUGACAGCACUGUUGGUGAGAAAAAAGGAAAAUGAGUGCUAACCCCAGCAGAAAUGUAGAUGAAGGCUAAACAGAUGACAACAUAAUCGACAACACUGACAUGAAAUCGUCAGUGGUGUGGAGGUAAUUUUGUUUUAUGAGGUCGGACAUAAGGCAAAGUAAUGUGCACUGCAAAUUAUUUCAAGUACUUGUUCUCGCAAAGUCGGGGAAUACCUCAAAUCUUUUUCAUUACAAAACGUCGAAGAGACACUAAGACUUCACAGAUGCAGUAGCUUUUUGUAUUGCAAAAGACAUGCUACCAAUAAGCACUGUUAAAUUUCAUUUUUUAUAUCGUGAUAUAUAUCGAUAUAGACUGAUAUGGAAAAAUAUAUUGAAAUAAACUUUUUCCCCAUAUCACCCAGCCCUACAUAGGUGUAGAUAUCAUUCUGUUGCUUAGCUGGAUAAAAAUUCCACACAGGAGCUUAAAUCUUCUGUUAUCAAAAACAUGUUGUGUUUUACUCAAUUCUGCUUUGAAUAUAAGAAACAGUCUUUCAAGUAAAAGCAUCCAAACAUGUCUGAUAACCUCAGUGUUGAGACAGCUCAUGAAACAAAUACCGGCUUCUUUUUUAUUAUUAUUAUUAAACUCCUAUUCACCUCCCAUUCAUCCGCACAAAUGUCUUUUUGUUUGUGAGUUUUUAUUUAUAGCUGAUAUCAAGGAAGAAUUUCAUCUCUUCUUUGUAACUCUGCUCUUAGAUGCUCCUCAGCAAUACAGAUAGGGUACUUGAAAUAUUCUCUUUUUGUUAAAACAAAAUGCUUCUAUUGAUCAUUGUACGUGCAACGCUACUUUGAUGAUCUUUCAGGUGACUGAGGAUGAAAAGGUAUCUAGAGUAAAGGAGCUAGUGUCUGAACGUCUCAACAUACCAGCAAACCAACAACGCCUGCUCUAUAAAGGGAAAGCACUUGCAGGUAAGUUUGACAACACUCUGAUUUUUCAUCACCAUUAUGCAGAACUGUAAUUGCUUCAACCACAGAUCUAUUUAGUAUAUUGAUUAAUCAUUUAAAUUUCUGAUGAUUGCAUGCGUACUUUAUUUCCUUCAUCAGACGAACACAGAUUGAGUGAUUACUCCAUUGGGCCAGAGGCUAAAUUGAAUCUGGUAAUCCGUCCCAUGGGGGAGAGGACUGGAGCGCAGGGGAUGGCUGCUAGCAGCAGCAGCAGCAACCAAGGAAGAGUGUGGCAGACUGUGUCCAUGAUUCUCGCGAGACAUUUUAGUCCAGCAGAUGCGGCUAAAGUUCAGGAACAGCUUAUCAAGGUAUUUUGGACAGUCUGUUUUAAGAAGAUUGUUUAUAUUUUCAAAUCUUUUCUGUUUUUACCUGUAGAGCCUGGAGACUUGAAAACUCAAAACUUACGGCAUUAGAUAUAUUUACAUUUAAAAACUUUGGUCCUGAAUCUUUGUGUUGAAUAUAUAUAGAUUGUUAGUCAAAAGGAAGUGUAAUUUUAAUAUUUUCCGCUAGCGUCUGAUGUUUUACUCCUCUUUCUGUCAGCAUACUUGCUUAAUAGACAGGAGUGUCCAAAGCUACAUUCAUAUUAGCAUUUUAAGUCCCCAGCAUUUAAAUAUCACUUAUCCAGUUUCAGUGUAAUGAUGAUUUUUUUAUCUGAAACUCAUCAGUUAAGAACCACUCCACUACCAUCUAGUGGUUACUUGAAAAUAAUCGUACAACCAACCCGUCAACUGAGAGGGUUUGGAAAUUACCGAAAAUUUUUACAAGGUUUAUUUUAUUUUAUUUUUUUCAUGUUGUAAACCUUUACAGUCUGUGUCACUUAUGGAAGUCCGUUAUAGUGCAGAGCUUAAUAAUAAGAAAACAGAUGCUGUCCUCAUUUUAUCAGUUAAAAACUGUUUAUAUUAAGAUUGUAUAAAGUAUACAGCACAAGGUAGCACAAAACUUGCAACUGGAUACUCACAAGUAUUUAUCUAUUCUGGACAGUUUUCUAUUUGAAACACACAUUUUAUUAUUAUUAUUAUUAUUAUUAUUAUUGUUAUUAUUAUUAUUAUUAAUAUUAUUAUUAUUAUUAUUAUCAUUAUUAUUAAAUGGCAACCUUUCACAGAUAAUUUUCUUGCUAAAAUGGCUAGAACCUCUACACCUUUUCAUUUUAGGGGGAGAUAGCCUGUUGACAAAUUAGGACAUAGCUAACAAUUCAUCUGUCUAUGGGACAGAUGCUGUCUAAGCAUUAAUAGCUGCCAACACUGGCCAUAGACUAAACAGUUUGAUUGUAUAGAAAAGUAGGAUUAUCCUAUUUGUACCACGGUAUGCCAUUCAGAGUAAAACAAUACCCCUCCAUAAGAGGAUUAUAAAGAUAAUUUGAGUAAUAUAUAUUAACUCUUGUUCACUCAUAUUCUUUUCUUUUCUUCAAGGACUAUGAGCGUUCACUACGGCAACUUAGUCUAGAUGACAUCGAGCGCUUGGCGGGAAGGCUGCUUCACCCUGACGGCGAGGGAAUGGACACCUCAUACAUGGACUAAGAAUUAUUAUUUAUUAUGAUUGUCUUUUGAGCGGCUCUCAGUGCUUUGAAGUGUUUACACUUCUUAGAGCGUGAGAGAUUUCUUGCAGAGGGCCCCAGCUGUGUGCUUGAUCAGUUGCUUAGUGAACAAAUAAAGCACUGACUGUUGAUUAUCUCAGCAUCAGGGCAUCCUUAUCCAUGAUCAACAGGUUUGGGUAAGGAAAUAUUACCACUUUUUAACUGGUCUGCGUUAUUGAUGCAGCAGUCAUUGACUUAAGGUCUGAUGAACAUAGGGAUCCACUUGUAUUAUUGGGUUUUUGCAAGAUAUUUUGCCACGGCUCCUGGACACACUAGCUUGUACUGGCAAGUAUUAGUAUGAUGACUGGGUCUUUUCAGCUGAUUGUGAGAAGGUGAUACAUGUCUCAUUCUUUAACUGAUUCUCAUUGUGUGAUUUGUAAAUAUCAUCUUUAUAUAUACAAACAUUAAAACACAGUUUAAAAACAGA